AUUAUCUCAAUUAAGGACCCAUUUCACUUCACACGGUUUCUAACGUCGUCAAUUUUCUUUACAGCUCAUUCAAGCCUAGCUUAUCAGUACAUACGUUUACAAUGGGGAGGAUCAACAACGCUCUCAAAACUUUCAUCGCCGAUAUUCCAGAUGAGAAGUUAUCGGGCUUCGAAGAUCUGAAUUACGUACUGUACAAAGACACGAACUUCACUUUGUUCCAUGAGGGACCAACGACUAGCGAUCCCGGAUGCCAUGACAUUUACAUCCAAGCGAACAUCAGCUCGGCGCUGAGAAAGGAACCGAAAAUUAAUUUGACAAAGGCACUGGUACCCACCGAUGUGUCAUGGAGUCCCCAGCAGGUCCGGCAGGCGCUUCUAUCAAGUGCAAUCAUGUGAAAGAGUCUCUUUGUAUGCCUUGUACGGCAGAUAGUGUGUCGAUACUUUAUAGCUAUGACAUCGAAACUUUGUCGAUUGGUGUUCCGAAGCCUUCCGUGUCUAAAACGAAUUUUGCGGAGGACUGCUCAUGUCAUGAAAGCCGCAAGGAUUUCAAAAUCGGGACGAAGAAUUAUCACAAGACCAUGUACUAAAUACCUGCAGAUAUGGGAUCGAGUUUCACCCCAUCAAGGGGCUAAAGAGGUCGCGCACACACUGUAUCUACUUCUUUCCUUUUGAGUAUUGUUUUGGGUUCGAAUUUGAUUUAGUAUGUUUACC